CCCUCCUCCUCGUUCCUUGUCCCUGACGGCUGGCGAUUCAUUGAUUGACAUUGCCACCCAGACAAAAGCCUCGCCAUCACACCCAGCUCGAGUCUCUGUUCUUCAGAGAACAAACAAGGCGCCCUAGCGCCCUACUCUCUCGGCCCCUCGCUUCCAACUCUUGGCUUCCUUCAUUACCCCACACAAGCUCAUCGUGCUACAUACGACUCCUGAAGCCUAUCCUUUGAACACCACAGGCGACCCGCGCCCGACUUCGACUCCUCUGCUGUGGACAUAUCAUCUUCGUCUUCAUCAUUCCAUACCCUCACUGCUACCACUACCAAGCACAGCACCCAUUGCCACCUUGAUUAUUAGCCACAUCCCAAUAUGCUCGCCUCCAUCUCGAGGCCACUCUCCUUGGCAGCUGCGGCUGUUACCCUCUGCACGUCGGCAUCGGCGAACAGCCACGUCUUUCCUCCCGUUGACACGAGUGAAUGGGCCUUCAGCGAUCAUUACCUGUGGGCUCGUCAGUCGCAGGGCAUCGGUGGUGAUGGCACUGAUCAGCCACCGGGGGUCCCGUUUCUCCCCGACAUCCCAUUUGCAAUGAACGACUCCUUCCCGUACUCGCCACCCUUCUACCCCACGCCCAAUGCCUCUGGGCAGGGCAUCUGGGCCGAGCCUGUCCGCAAGGCUCGCGAAUAUAUCCAGUCUUUCAACCUCACGCAGCGAGUCCAGCUCGUUACUGGCGUCGGCUGGCAGCAAGGACCCUGCGUAGGCAACAUCGCAGCCAUCCCAGAAGUCGGCUUCCCCGGCCUCUGCUUGCAGGAUUCCCCCCUUGGUGUGCGCUUCGCCGACAACGUCAACGUCUGGCCUACCGGCUUGACCACUGCCGCCACGUUCAGCAGCGAUCUGGCUUACCAGAGAGGCAAGGGCAUGGGUCGAGAGCACAAGACAAAGGGCGUUAACAUUCAAUUAGGACCUGGCAUGAACCAUCAUGCAUUCGCAGCAGGAGGCCGUAAUUGGGAGAUGGGAGGCGCAGACCCUUACCUUUCGGGAGAGUCUGCCUACCACACCAUCAAGGGCAUGCAAGAAUCUGGCGUCCAGGCAUGUGCCAAGCACUACAUUGGCAACGACCAGGAACACUUCCGUAACGAAGGCUCGGUCAACAUCGAGGCUCGCGCUAUGAGGGAAAUCUACCUGCACCCCUUUAUGCGCUCCGUCCAAGCCGAUGCCGCCACUCUCAUGGCUUCAUACAACCUGCUCAACAAUUCGUGGUCAGCGCAAAACUCAUAUCAGCUCAACGAAGUGCUCUACACCGAGCUCGGUUUCCAAGGCGCCGUAAUCAGCGACUGGGGAGCGCAGCAUUCCGGUGUCGCCUCAGCUAAUGCUGGGCUCUCGAUGACGAUGCCCGGUGACGAGCUCUGCUGCUUCACCGGACAGAACUCAUCAUUCUGGGGCCGCAAUCUCACUGAAGCCGUCAACAACGGCACCGUCGCCGCAUCCCAGCUCGAGAACAUGGGCGUUCGUAUCCUUGCUGCCUGGUUCCUUCUCGGCCAGGAUGACCCCGACUACCCGAAGCCGAACUUCGACUCUUUCGAUCUGAGCACUCCCAUCAACAAGCACGUCAAUGUCAACAAGCUCUACAAUACACAGGAGCUUCGCAGGCACAUCGCUUCGGCUGGAACGGUUCUCGUCAAGAAUGAAAAGAAGAAGAAUGGCUACCGCGCUCUCCCUCUCAAGAAGCCCAACGGCCAUACCCCCAAUCAUUUGGCUGUCCUUGGAUCAGACGCUGGGCCUGCCUUCCUCGGCGCCAAUGGUAUCGCAGACCGCGGUGGGGUAGAUGGCACGCUCGGCAUCGGAUGGGGCAGUGGUUCGGCAGACUACAGCUACCUCAUCUCUCCCUACGAGGCAUUGCAAGGUCGAGCCGUCUUUGACGGUACGGCCUUCUCGUGGAGCUUUGACGACUACAACCUGAAGCAGGCCAAGAAGAUCAGCGACGAGCGCAUCGGCAUUGACGCUGCUGUGGUCUUCCUUCAGUCAGACAGUGGAGAAGGCUACAUUACCGUCGACGGCAACGCGGGCGACCGUAAUAACCUCACGGCAUGGCACGCCGGCGAUGAGCUGGUCAAGGCCGUCGCCUCCGUCCAGUCGAACACGAUCGUCGUCAUGCACUCCCCGGGCCAGAUGGACGUCGAAGCUUGGAUCGAGAACCCUAAUGUCACCGCAGUGAUCUUCGCGCAUAUGCCCGGCGCCGAAUCUGGCAACUCGAUCCGCGACGUCCUCUACGGCGACUACGUGCCUAGCGGUCGUUUGCCGUACACCGUAGCGAAGAAUCGCACUGACUAUGAGUCCGAGGUGACGUACGUCAACCGCUCCGCACCUGGCGUUGCACCGCAGCUCAACUACACGGAUGGACUACUCGUUGACUACCGACACUUUGAUGCCAAGAACAUCACCCCGCGCUUUGAGUUUGGGUUCGGCUUGAGCUACACGAGCUUUGAGAUUGGAGAGGCGCACGGCGAGUGGAUCAAUGGCGACCACAACUCGAAGCGCAACAAUGAUGGGCAUGGCAAGGAGCACGGCAAGAGCCACGGUCACCCGGGGAAGAGCUACGACGACCAAGUUGGGCACGACGAUGGCAACUCUCCGCCCAACACCAUCCCAACCCAGUCUCCUUUCGUGGGCACGAAAGUUCUGCCCGCCUCUCUCUUCAAGGACGUCUACAAGCUGACAUUCAGCAUUCGUAACACCGGAGACUACGAUGGUCACGAGGUACCACAGGCCUACCUCCGCUUCCCCGCUUCGGCGGGAGAGCCGCCCAAGGUGCUGCGCAAAUUCGACCGCGUCUUCGUGCCCAAGGGUGAGACAAAGGAGGUCACGUGGAUUUUCAAUGCGUACGACUUCUCCCAUUACAGUGCGAAGCAGCACAAGUGGAUCCGAUCGGAGGGGGAGUAUGAGAUCCUGAUCGGGAAGAGCAGUCGGAAGAUUAAGAGGAAGGUCAAGGUUGAGGGGGUAAAGCAGAAGACGACAUGAGGGGAGAAGGUUGUAGCUGAACGGACUUUUGCUGCUCUAUGAGCACACGCAUUCUUGUUUUCCUUCCCUUCCAUUAUCCACUUGUAAAUUUCCUCUUCGAGCCGACCGAAUCCUUCGGAUCAAUCCAAUCGCCAUCAUCAUGAUUCACCUCCCUCUGAUCAUACAGACCGUACGCACGUCGGCUAUCGAAGCCCGUCGCAUUGACUAUGGCAGCCCAGCAAUGAGUGGCCUCGGUAGCUUGGCAUUCUCGAUCAAGAAGGGGGUCGAGUGAGAGGGCCAAGGAUAGCGUCCUUUCUGGGUCGCAGACGAAGAAC